UAUAAUGUUUAUUCAUUUUUCAUACUGAUGUUUAUACUGGGUAUCUACAUCAUUGUGCAAGUCGGUGAUCUCAUCCAAGUCUGGGGCAAUUUACCUCUGAUGACUGCUACGAUCUUUCUUUUGUUCACAAACAUUGCCCUGGGGACAAAGCUACUAAAUGUGAUGUGGAGGAAGGAUACAAUUAGAGCUAUGUUAGAAGAGACGAACGAUGAACUAUGUAAUGAGAGUAGGCAGACGGGCAAAGAAAUCGUCAGGAGCUGUGACAGGGAGACUACCAAACAACUUUCCGUAUACUUCGUUCUGUCAUAUACGACUGUGCUCGGAUGGGCGUCCAGCGCUGAGAAAAAUCAGCUGCCCUUACGAGCUUGGUAUCCGUACGACACGUCAAAAACACCAACUUAUCAAUUGACCUACGCACAUCAGACUAUAGCUGUAUCAUUGGCGGCUGCUAUCAAUAUAUGCUUGGACACCCUGGUUACGUCGCUAAUAUGUCAAUGCCGCUGCCGGUUAAGACUACUGGCAUUGUCCCUACGGACUUUGUGUCAUGAUUUGGAUGUUUCAGAAAAGGGUGCCAUGACAGACGCGAGUAGCACAAUCGUCUCUGAACGUCUGCAAAACUGCGUGGUCCGUCACCAAACCGUCUUGGCGCAGACAAAGCUAUUGCAGAACUGCUUCUCGGCAUCUAUCUUUGCGCAGUUUUGCGUUUCCAUGAUCAUUAUAUGCGUGACGGCGUACCAGCUAGCGUUUGUAAGAGAGUCAACCAGCUUGGCUCGCGUCAUUUCAAUGGUCGCAUAUUUGACGGUCAUGAUGCUGCAGGUAUUUCUCUACUGCUAUCAAGGAAACCAGUUGGUUGAGGAGAGUGAAGGUGUCUCUGGUGCAGCUUACGAAUGCCCCUGGUACAUUUUAAAUAUACCGAUACGUCGGUCACUUCUCCUUGUAAUGACAAGAACUCGACGCGCGGCGCGGCUCACUGCUGCGGGAUUCACGGAAUUGUCGCUAUCAUCUUUUAUGUCUAUAAUAAAGGCAUCGUAUACGUUCUUCACUGUACUUCAGCAAAUAGAAGAAGAUUGA